AUGCAGGACCGACGGUCACGUUGGGAGAAAAUGGACGAGGGCGGUAACGAGGCGGCGGCUGGGGCAGCGGACAGCUUGUCCCAGAGAGCCGGGGUACACGAGGGCGCAGCGUCGUCGCCACCACUGCAAGAGUUGUUGUCUGCCUUAAUCACGGAAGGACUGUGUUCGCAUAGAGCUGGAGCCAAUUUGAAGACUUCUCAUUGUGAUACUCUCUUGAACAAUCCGAAUCAAAACGCACUCAACUCACAGGCCCCUUUUCAGGUUAUCAGUGAAUUCGCGUUCGAGUACUUCAUUGAGGAUAAAACGGCCAUUGCCCAUUAUUCUACCGCCCUCGACGAAGCCUCAGCGAAGCAGCACUAUGGCGUGUUUGUUGCAACCACCAUGAGCACUAGUAUUGAUUUGGAUGUCUUUACGCACUUCGGCUCUAACUCCAAUCAACCUGGUCUCAAUCCUCACGUCGGAGAACUUGGCUGCUUCAUAGAAGUUGGAGCAUUUCUCAUCCCUUUAAGGUGCCAACAGCUUGGUGAGUCAAUUCGUCUCUUCCUCCGUCAUCUUGGGGAGGAUUUCGAAGACAAGCGAUACAAGUGCGGUCCUGGUAACCCGUUAAUUUGGCAUUUAAUAACAUUUAUUCAGCCCCAACAUUUGAUCGCAGUGAAUGGUUGUCAGUCAAGUAUUCAUUAG